AAAAGCCCUAAUUUUAGAGAGAGAAUGGGAACUAAACAACCUAGGAAUUACCGGCGGCGCUGUAACGAUGAAAUCGACGGUAAAGAUGCAACCGCCGCGGCCAAACCUUCGUCGUCUGAUCUUUACUCGUCGAAACGUAGAAAACUCCCGGCCAAUGAUGCCGCGAAGGGCAGAGACCAUGCCAAACCCUCUUGGCGUAUCGUCUUACCAGGGGGCUGCUCGACCGUGGCUUCGGAUGGAUCUUAUACGCAAGAGCAGAAGCAGCAGAGUUUGAAGGAACAGAGUUGGGAUGAGAGGCCCAUGGAGGUAGUAUUCAACGGUGAGCCACUGCGUAGCAUUGGUAUGAAUGGUUUGUUUCAUGUCUUCAACUGUCCGAUGCCGCAAACAGAUGAUGAUAAGAAAGCUUCGCUUGAUAGAUAUUUCAAUGCUUAUGAUGAAAACGUGAAUUCGAGGAACGCACGGACAUUUAAGAAGGGCGUUGGUAAUGAAAGGUCUCAUAGGACUGUUAGUACUAGUGGGAUACCACUUGCUUCAAUGCCCAUUGUUUCUGUGCCUUGUACCAGUGUUGUUGAUGAUGCAUUACCAGACGAGCUUGCUAAGAAGCUUAAGGAACCUUACGCAAAAACCGAUGAGAAUUUGACUGCUUCGCUCGCAGCUCCUGAAAGUUGUCCAUCUGCUCCUGUUGACAAGUAUGUCUUUAUGCAGGAACUCAGUGACCUCCGUUCUGUUUUCCGUUACUUCAUGCAGGAAAACGGUUCCUUAAUCAAGGAAAUUGAAGAUCAGAUGAAUGAAAUUACUGAAAGACAUGCUUCAGCUAUUCUAGAAAGGAGAACUGCAGCUGACGAUGACGAAAUGGUACUCGUGGAGGCCGCUGUAAAAGCAGCAAUGGCAGCUCUAAACAAACAAGGAAACAGUAAUUCAGCUAUUGCUACGUCUGCUGCCUCUUCUUCUAUAAGACAGCAGACGAAUCAACCAGUUCAGCGCAGGGAAGUGGAACAGAAGGCUGCAGCCCUGCAGAAAAGGCGAGCUCGAUUUGAAAACAAGCGUGCAUCAGCCGUAGAGGUUGAUGGAUAUUCCCUGAUAAUAGAAGGAGACUCAAGCACCGAUGAGAGUGACAAUGAGACUCCAGCUUAUAAGGAGACACGAGAUCGCUUACUUGAGUGUGCCGAUAAAAUCCUUAGUGAUGCAUCUGUGGUGUACUCCCAGCUUUCAAGGGUGAAGACGAUAUUUAAGAGGUGUGCGCGAGACUAUCCAUCUGCUUGUCGGAGUGCUUACAAGUCUUUGACCGUUCCUUCCAUCUAUUCACCUUAUGUAAGACUGGAGCUUUUGAGAUGGGAUCCUCUUCAUCAACAUGUGGAUUUCUCUGACAUGAAUUGGCAUGGACUGCUGUUUGAUUAUGAGAUUGGGAAUGGUUUUGCACCAGUUUGUACUGAUCCUAACUUUGUAUCUGAGCUAGUGGAAUACGUUGCGAUUCCCAUUUUGCACCAUCGGAUAGUUCGUUGCUGGGAUAUACUUAGCACCCGGGAGACAAGAAAUGCUGUUGCUGCUACAAGCUUGGUGGCAAGUUAUGUUUAUUCUUCGAGUAAGGCCCUAGCGAAACUAUCUGUUGCUCUUCGUGCUCGCCUUGUUGAAGCCAUUACAGCUAUUAGUGUUCCGACAUGGGAUCCUCAGGUAUCAAAGGCUGUACCUAAUGCUCCACAAGUUGCAGCAUAUAGGUUUGGGACAUCAGUCCGUCUUAUGAGAAAUAUUUGUAUGUGGAAAGACAUCAUGGAGCUUCCAGUGUUGGAGAAGUUGGCUCUGAGUGACCUUUUGUUUGGAAAAGUUUUACAUCAUGUCAGAAGCAUUGCAUCAGAAUCAAAUAUGCAUGAUGCUGUGACUAGAACUGAAAUGAUCGUUGCUUCUUUGUCUGGAGUAUGGACUGGACCAAGUGUCACAAGAACCCACAGUCGUCUGCUGCAACCCCUUGUGGAUUGUACUCUGACACAUGGAAGAAUACUCGAGAAAAGGCUUGCCUCGGGACUGGUCGAUACGGAAACCACUGGUCUCGCCCGCAGGUUAAAGAAAAUACUUGUCGAGCUCCAUGAACAUGGACACGCCCGGGAAAUUGUCAGAGCAUUCAAUCUCAAGGAGGCAGUUCAAAUUUAGCAGAGACAAUACUUCUAUCAAUGUAAGUCACACUAGUUGCACUGGAAGCGUAAUAGUAUACUUCA